CCUUGACAUGUUCUCGAAGUCUGACGCUCGCCUACCGAUAGAUUGUGUGAGAGCGCUCGGAAGGAUGAGAGCCUCCGAUAUUGGUCGCGUGUUUACCAGUGGCUCAUGACGAAGCAUCCCGCAUGAGCUGGCAUAUCUAUACUGAGCGAUGCGGAGCGCGGUAACGGAUCGUCGCCUGGAAGCUCCGUAACUUAGCAUCGCAGCAACUUUGCGGCGUCUCAUAGGUUCGCGCCCGGGCAGUCCCCUCGAAAUGGAAUCGAUAUUACCAACCAGCCAGCCGACCCUCCUGCUCUUGACAGUCUUUACCGCCUUCUAUGCUUAUUGUUAUGUUAUACGUCGUCGAGGCAAAGACGUCCACCGGCUCCCUACCGCGCCGCGUGGAAUUGCGCACUGGCUUUGGGGCCAUGAAUUGCUCGCAUUCGAGGGCGAGGCAACCGAGAUGUACACGAAGUGGGCGGCGCUGUGCGGGCCCGUAUUCAAGAUCAAGGCUGCGCUCUUUCACCCUGAUGUCGUUGUGGUCACGGAUCAUGCCGCCGUCCAGCACAUCUUUCAGAACACGGAUGAUAUGUCACCCGCCUUCCGACCGCCCGUUGCGAAUGUGCUCGGAAAAGGAGUGGUUUGGGCCGAGGGCGAUGACCACAAGAAGCAGCGGCACGUUCUGGCACCAGCAUUCGCACCCGAAGCGAUCAAGGGCAUGGCGGAUGACAUCUCUGAAUGCUCCGAGAAGUUAGAAAGUCGCCUCACAAACCAAAUCUUAGUGCAUGGUGGCGCCGCCACCGUCAAUAUCGUCGAGCACACCUCGACAUGCACGCUGGACAUCAUCGGGCGCGUCGCGUUCGGGCACGACUUCCAUGCAGGGCGGUCGACCGAGGCUCAACAGAUCCGUGCCUCCUGGGAGUCCCACGUUAACAGUGGGAUCACGUUUGGCGCGUUCAUCGCGAUGCUCGUCAUCCGCGCCUGCCCGUCCGCCGGCGGGCGCAUCCGCGAGAUCGUGACACAGCUCUCGAUGCGUCUCGUCCAGCGCGGCGCAUUCAGCGAGCGCGGGCGAGACAUUCUGAGCAUCCUGAUGACCGGGCGCCAGGAGGGCGUCAAGGCGGACGCGCUGACGCCCCAGCAAAUUGUCGACAACAUCAACACUUUCCUGAUGGUCGGUCACGAGACCACCGCGGGCUCGCUGAACUUCACGCUGCUCGAGCUCGCUAGGCGGCCUGACGUGCAGCAGCGGCUGCGGGACGAGGUGCGCGGAGCGGGGCGCGAUCUUUCGUAUGAUGACAUCCAGCACUUGGGGUUCCUGGACGCCGUAGUGAAAGAAGGACUUCGUCUCCACCCUGCGUCGCCCCAGACAGAGCGCGUCGUCCUCAAAGACGAUGUGAUCCCCCUCGCGAAGCCGGUACACACUCUGGACGGCAGGACGCUCACCUCGCUGCGCGUGAAAGCCGGCCAGGUGUUCCACAUCCCUUUCACGACGAUGCACGUCAACCCUAGUGUGUGGGGCCAGAACGCAGCCGAAUUCGUGCCCGAGCGGUGGACUGUCCCCGGAGGUGUCCCAGCACCAUCGGACUUGCCCCACGGAUGGAGCGGCCUGGUCACGUUCUGCGAUGGCCCGCGAAAUUGCAUCGGCUACAGGCUCGCGAUCUUCGAGUUCAAGGUCAUCCUCGCCACCCUCAUCCGCUCGCUCGAGUUCCGGGAGACCACCGCGGAAGUGCACGCCCGCAUCUCCCCCACUCUACAGCCGGUCACCGACGGGCGAGGCGGGCUGCUGCCUCUCUACGUCUCUCUCGCUGUUUGAGCUCGACCCGAAAGCGCGCGUGUCGCACCAUCACUUCCUAUC